GGUAUUAUGUACUGUAUUUUGCUGCUUUCAUUUUUUCUUGUAGCUAGCCUGCUAGUUAGUUGUCAACAAUGGGCGAUAGUGAGCAGGUAGAGUGGACGUUUAUGAAAUUAUACCUUAACGAUAUUGGAAACGCUCUUUCAGAUAAAUCUGGAACAUGGAUGUCGAAAAGAAAACCGGCUGCCUACCAUGAAGAAGAACAGGCAGGGGUGACACCCACUCAAAGGUCUGAGAGGCAGCAGAGAACUCCCCAGAGAAACUCCAGGUGGCAAAGUCCCAGGACGCAUUCUAAAGACCUGACAGAAGAAGAGAGGGGCUUUUCUCCUGUGUCUGGGUCUGGGGAGGAGAGUGACAAGGAGGCUUCCCCACCAAAAAGGAGGACCACAAUAAGCAGCUCCAACAAGACAAGAACCAAGUCUCACACAAAGGAUUAUGAUGACUGUUCUGGGACAGAAUCUGGCAAGCAUUCAGAGAAGAGCACACAAAGAAAAAAAGGGCACAGCAACUCAAAAAAGAACAAGGCUAAUACUCACUGUAAGGAGGAGGAUAAUGACAACUUGUCAGACAAGCCAACUGUGGUGGCUUCCCCCAGAAAAAGGAGCAGGCAAUGUAGUGACUUCAAUGUAUUUGAAGCAGAGGCUGAACCAUAUAAUACUGUGUCUGAGCCUGAGGUGGAGGUAGUUGUGGAGGGGGAGACUGAAGUGGUGUCUGCUUCAAAGAGGUGGAAACAGAACAACCCCCCCAAAAUAACUAAGCCUCAUGCCGAGGACAAAGCUGAGAGUGAACAUUAUGAGUUGGUAGAACAGGCUGAAGAGACUCCCAUUAGAAAAAAACUUAACAAGUCUAAAAAGAUAAGAACGAGGACUCCCUCUGAAGACGUGACGGAAGAUGAAAGUGACCACUUUGAGACGGAAGGACAUGCUGCAGCUGAAGACACUACCCUCAGAAAAAGACAGAGAAGGUCGAUGAAAUCCAGAAAGAAGAGCUCCAAGAGUCCUUUGAAGAAGGCCAGCGAUGCAGAGAGUGAUGGUGAGUCAGGCAAACAUGUUUCCAAGACUCUGCCUAAGGACUUACAUGAAGAAGAGAGUGACCAAGAUGCUGAGACGCAGUCUAAGAACCUCUGUAAGGAGAGUGACCAAGACUCCCAGACGGAGCCUAAAGGCUUAGGUGCAGAGAAGUGGCACCGCUCUGACCAUCUAGAGGAGACAGAACAGGAGGUGUUACCUGCAAAGAGAGAAAGAGGACCCAAGAGCAUGAAGACCGUGAAGUUAGAUUCCAACUCUGACUCUGAAAAUGUCACUGUUAAAAACAAAGGCAAAAAGCAAGGUGCCACGGGUUUGAAGGCACCAAGAGUAAGAUUUAGACCACCUAUAGAGAAAAAGAAAAGGGUGAAAAUGCUUCAUAUUUGCAGUUUCUGUGAAAAGGUCCUGCCUAACAGGGAUGCUCUGGGUAGGCACCUUCAGCGUCACACAGGGGAGAAGCCUUACCACUGUGAAGAGUGUGGCAAAGACUACGGCAGCAAAAACACCCUGAAGAUUCACAACAUGCAGGUUCACCACAAGGGGACAAAGGACUUCAUAUGCAAUGAUUGUGGUCAACAGUUUACCCACUUCACGUACCUCAAACGCCACCUGUAUUCCCAUACGGACAAAGAAAAGAGGCCACACCUGUGCAAUGUGUGUGGGAAGCAUUUCAUCCAGAAGUCUCACUUGGACCGUCACAAGAUGAUUCACACCGGAGAGAAACCAUUCAACUGCGAACACUGCGCCAUGGCCUUCAAUCGGCCGGACUCCCUGCGGAUGCAUCUGAAGCUACACGUGUCGGGUAGUGAGGGGCCAAAUCUGGCAGAGCAAGAGAAGACUAAGUGCACAGCGUGUAAGAAGAGCUUUGUCAACCCAAAUUACCUCAAAGUUCACAUGAGAAUACACACUGGGGAGAGGCCAUACAAGUGUGAGGACUGUGCCAAGAGCUUCACCCAGAUCAGUAUUCUCAACGCGCACCGGCGCACACACACUGGAGAGAAGCCACACGAGUGCAAGGCGUGCGGCAGCUGCUUCACCCGUCGCAAGUACCUGGAUGAUCACAUAGGCAGGAAGCAUGGGUCUUUAGAGAAAAUGAAUGAACAGGAGGAUGAACAAUGAUACCUGAGUUUUUAGGUGUUGUGACUUAAUGUGUGUAACACAUAAUAUAAAUAUUGAAGAUCAGGCAAGGUUGGACUGUUGCCUAGUAGUUUCUCUUGUGAUGUUGCAGGAUGUUUUUUUCCUGUCAUGCCAUGAUAAAAAUACUGUUUUGGCUUUAUAGUGGCGCCCAUUCUGAAAAUGGAUAUGUAGCCUUCAAGAUCAUUCCUUUGAAUCUAUACUAAACUUUGAUGGUCCACACAAUUUACUGUAAUGCUUUAUUGGUUUGAAAAUGUAUGUGGACGGCUGCUCGUCGAAUAUCUCAUUCCAAAAUCCUUGGCAUUAAUAUGGAGUUGCUCCCCCCUUUGCUGCUGUAAAAGCCUCCACUCUUUUGGGAAGGCUUUCCAUUAGAUGCUGGAACAUUGCUGCAGGGACUUGCUUCCAUUUAGCCACAAGAGCGUUAGUGAGGUCGGGCGCUGAUUUCGGGCAAUUAGGCCUGGCUCACAGUCGUCCCAAUUCAUCCCAAAGCUGUUUGAUGGAGUUGAGGUCAGGGCUCUGUGCAGGCCAAUCAAGUUCUUCCACGCCGAUCUCAACAAAUCUUUCCUGUAUAGACCUCGCUUUGUGUACGAGGGUAUCGUCAUGCUGAAGCAGGAAAGGGCCUUCCUCAAACUGUAGCCACAAAGUUUGAAGCACAGAAUCGUUGGAAGCACAGUUAUUGACAGACAAUUUUUACAUGCUAGUCGCUUCAGCACCUGGCGGUCCCGUUCUGUACGUUUGUGUGGCCUACCACUUCGUGGCUGAGCCGUUGUUGUUCCUAGACGUUUCCACUUCACAAUAACAGCACUUACAGUUGACCGUGGCAGUUCUAGCAGGGUGGAAAUUUGACAAACUGACUUGUUGGAAAGGUGGAAUCCUAUGAAGGUCACUGAGCUCUUCAGUACUGGCCAUUCUUCUGCCAAUGUUUGUCUCUGGAGAUUACAUGGCUGUGUGCUCGAUUUGAUACACCUGACAGCAAUGGGUGUGGCUACAAUGGCCCGAAUCCACUAAUUUGAAGGGGUGUCCAUAUAAUAACAUGAUAGACACUAUCAUCAAUGUACAGUACGAUCUAUUAGGUUACAAUUGGGGGGAGAGGAGACUGUCAGUGUGGUUUAUUUGCGUCAUACAUAAUUAACAAUCAAACUGGAGAAUAAAUUCCAACAAAGUAACAUGACUUAAUUCAUAUUUCCUUUUUCAUUGACAAGUAACUGGGCUGAUACUCGACCAGAUUUUUGUGGUGUUUAUAAACCAUUAAGCUUUAUGCUUACACGCUAUCAUUUAUUUGUUCUCCAUGUUGAAUCAAUCGUUUUUUAUACAUUUUGAAUUGAUUGCUUGGUGUUUUUUCUUCUUUUGGACUGAAAAUACAUCUUCAUGCUUAAACCAA